AUGGCUCCCGUAACCGAAGUACCCCGAAAGGUCGAAUGGAACGGCAAGCAGGUUCCGGUCUACCCUAUGGAGACAAUCGACUUCUCUGCGAUUCUCUCCCAAGAGCCUGCCGAGCUGGAGAAGCUUCUCCAGUGCUGCAAAGAGCAAGGUUUCUUCUACCUGGAUCUCAACAACGUUGAUGGACGUCGGUUCAUUGAUGACCACCAGGAGCUGUUGAAGCUUAUGCAUCGAUUUUUUGAGUCUCCUCUUGAGGUUAAGAACGAAUAUGGACUGAUAGCUCCUCAUCUUGGAUACGAGCCAGUUGGUUCGCGCAACGGCGUUCUCGAGGACACACGGGAUGGCUACGAGAUGGUGAAGGUAUCUCGCGAUGAGAUUCAACGCGAGUCCCCUCACAUUCCUCGCAACAUCAAGAAUAGCGGUGAUCUCAAGAUCCUUGAGAAUGCCAUCUCUGGCAACAACAUCAUGGGAAAAGCCAUUCUGGCAGCUCUCUCGACGGCGUUCGGCCUUACUGGUGCUGCGCGCUUUGAAAACUUGCAUCGCAACCACCGCCCUUCGACAAGCACUUUGUCCAUGAUGCACUAUAUCCCGUCCAACCCUGCCAAGGACGGUAACGUCGGUCACCAGAAGCAUACUGACAUCAGUUCGUUGACCGUACUCUUUACUGAGCAGUGGGGUCUCCAAAUCCGCCCACCCGGCAGCAAGGAAUUCGGCUUUGUCGAGCCCAAGAAGGGUCAAGCUAUCAUCAACGUCGGUGAUUCUCUGCGCUUCGCUAGUGGCCAUACUUUCCAGUCGUGCAUUCACCGUGUUGUGCCGUACAACUACAGCGAACAUCGCUACUCCGUUGCAUACUUUUUGCGCGCUGAGGACGAGACCAUGUUCCAGGACAGCGAGGGCAGAUUCGUUACAGCACGCACGUGGCAUGAUGAGAAGUUCUUGGCUUUCCUUGCAUCGCCUGCAGAUCAGGCUGCUGCUCCAAGCUCCAUGUUGUUGGGCGGCAUGCAGGAGGAUGAGACUGAUGUUUACAGCCUGCCUCAACCAAAGCCUGUUGCUGCGGACGCGGCCAAGAGCUCUACUGUCGAAGUGACAACCGUUGAGGUUAGUGCUUAG